AUCGGAACACUGUUUGUGCAACAGCUCUCCCACCUGCCGCUAUCAGCUCCUGGCUCAGUCUCAUCCUCACUAUCGAUAACGCAGCUUUCUUAUCGAUCGGCCAUCUUACUUCUUAUCUAGGAGGCCCCUAACGGGCCGAUCCGCUCCGUUUAAUCCGGCAGUCGUUAACCUGUUCGUCGUCCGGCAGCAUGUUCGUCUUCGGAGGUUUCUCCCAGAACGUCAAGCUCCGGCCCAGCGAGAUAUCAAUCGAUAAUCUGGUCUUCAAGCUCCACUACCGCUUCACUUUCGCGAUACUCGUCGCCAGCACCAUCCUCGUCUCUUCGAGACAAUUCAUUAAGGAGCACAUUCAGUGCCUCAGCGAGAAGAGCGUCAAAGAUGUCAUCAACACCUUCUGUUUUUUCUCCUCAACUUUCACCGUGGCGCGGUAUCACAAUGACAGCUACCACCCAGGUGUCCACAUCGCCUCCCCCGGCGUAGGCCCCGUGCAGCCAGGUGAGGAGGUCACUCACCAUGCUUACUAUCAGUGGGUGCCUUUCGUUCUCUUCGGGCAAGCGCUCCUUUUCUACCUUCCACACUACAUAUGGAAGGCUUUGGAGAAAGGUAGGAUCAGAGCCAUCGUCAGCCAAGUCAAGACCUCGAUCUAUACCGCAGAGGCAGACACAGUCAUCAACGGUUACAAAAUAGACUCUCAUGAGACGAGAAAGAACCGUGAAAAGAUCUUCAAAGACAUCUACAUAUCCUGGGCGAGGUUGAAAGUGAACAGAGACUGGGCUAAGAACUACAUCAUGUGCGAAAUGUUAAAUAUCGUCAACAUAUUCCUUCAGAUAAUGUUAGUUGACAGUUUUUUACAGGGAAAUUUUUUGGAUUUGGGUGUGAGGUGGAUAAGAGAUGAACAAGAAGUACUGGAAAGUGUGUUUCCCAAACUCACAAAGUGUACUUUUCACAAGUUCGGUAAGUCCGGGUCCAUCCAGAACUUCGAUGCCUUAUGUGUGAUGUCAUUGAACAUAAUAAACGAGAAAGUUUACACUUUGCUGUGGUUCUGGUUCCUGAUCCUGCUCUUCUUCACCUUGCUGGGCCUAGUGUGGCGGCUGCUCAGUUUCCUGCUCCACUCCAGGAACGGAGCCUUCAACAGGUUUGUCUGGGCGGAGGUGAGCCCUGGGCCAGCUCUCAAGACAGCCGAGAUCGAGAUGAUAGCAACCAAACUCACCUUCUCGGAUUGGCUCCUCCUCUACUAUAUCGGGAAGAAUAUGGACUCCAGGAUGUUCCGGAGGGUAGUAGCCGACCUCAGCCAGUCCCUAGGCAGGCCCUUACUGUCCAUCAAAGGGUCUGAUGCGUCCAAUCUUGCCUCCGAGUCCUACUGCUGAUCGUGUAUUCUGAACUAAUUUAUAAUAUGAAAUUUUGUAUAGAAUUGGUCAUUAGUUCGAAAAUAAUAUUUUAGCUAAAUAGAUGCCAGAAUGGCGUCCGUUUAAAUUAUGUGAUUUCAAAUCGAAUUUUGUUUAUAGAAAGUUAAAAUAACUCGUUAUCCAAAUAAGGCUUGAGUUGUGGUUGACUGCAUUUUUAUUACCUAUGUGAUGUUUUAUUCCUAAGCUUUAUGUGUAUAUGAAUGUAAAUAAUGUUUGUUUAUAGUAUUAUAUUUUAUACAUAAUAAAUGUUAUAUUUUUCCUAAACUGUUGUCUUUUUGUAUAAUAUAACCCAUUGGUUUUUUCUUUGAAUUAACAAUUGAUUAAACAUAUUGAACUUCAA